AUGACCACCGAGGAGCAAAACACCGUCGCGGCUGCUGAUGCCAUCGAAAGCGUCGCUCGAGCGAAUCUCCUCCCACCAAAUGAGAAAUUGGACAACGCGAUCGCGAACUCCCAGAAACACGACUGGCCAGAGAUCACUGUAUCCCCGCUUCAAGGCCAGUUCCUCGCUAUCCAGUGCAAGCUCAUGGGGGCUAAAGAAGUUCUCGAGAUUGGUACCCUGGGCGGAUACUCGACCAUCUGGCUCGCUGAAGCGGGUGCGAAAGUCACUAGCUGUUACAUCGAGAUCAACCUAAAGCACCGCGAUGUAGCCCUUCAGAAUGUCUCGGGGCUCGACACCGAGAUCAUACUCGGCUCUGCCCUGGGCGUCCUACCCAAGCUGGCCGCAGAAGGCCGCAAGUUUGACAUGGUGUUUUGUGAUGCAUCGUGGGGCGAGCAGGAGAAGUACUUUGACAGGGCGGUAAAAUUGUCUAGACCAAAGGGAUGCAUCCACAUCGAUAACGUUGUGUGGAAUAUCUUAAGUCAAGGAAAGGCGAAGGAAGGAAAGGAGUCGCUGUUGAGUUACGUCGGGAAGAACAAAAGAGUCACGGCGACGCUCGUUCCCAUGAUAUCAACCGCGCACACUGUCCACGAGGGCCGCACUGUUCUGGACGGCUUCUUGUUGGCAGUCGUCAAUUAG